GUCAGUGUCACACACCGCCGUCAGCUGAUCCUCACAGCUCUGCCUGCACUAAUACACUGGACCCCUGCACCAGCACAUCCUGCUGCUCCCUGGAUCACUACCAGCCAUGUCUUCUCAGCAACAAGUGGAAGACCAGAAUGACAGGCGGACCUUCCAGUACACCAGGAAGAGGGGCUAUGACAUAACACGUGACCCACACCUCAACAAGGGUAUGGCUUUCUCUCUUGAGGAGAGGUUGCAGCUGGGCAUUCAUGGACUUCUACCUCCUUGCUUUCUCAGUCAAGACGUUCAGGUUUUAAGAGUGCUUCAAAACUAUGAAAGACAGAAAUGUGACCUUGACAGGUAUAUUUUGCUGAUGGGUCUUCAGGAUCGAAAUGAGAAACUUUUCUACAAACUUUUGACAUCAGACAUUGAAAGAUUCAUGCCCAUUGUUUACACUCCGACUGUGGGCUUGGCUUGUCAACAGUAUGGGUUAGCUUUCCGAAGACCAAGAGGACUCUUCAUUACCAUUCAUGACCGCGGCCAUAUAUCCACUGUAAUGAAAUCAUGGCCUGAGAAUGAGAUUAAGGCUGUUGUGGUAACAGAUGGAGAGAGAAUCCUUGGUCUUGGAGACCUUGGAAGUUAUGGCAUGGGCAUUCCUGUUGGUAAAUUGGCACUUUACACAGCAUGUGGAGGAGUAAAGCCUCAACAGUGUCUCCCUGUGAUGCUGGAUGUAGGAACCGACAAUAAGGAAUUACUACAGGACCCCCUUUAUAUUGGACUGAGACACAAACGAGUGAGGGGCAAGGAUUAUGAUGACCUUGUGGAGGAAUUCAUGAAAGCUGUGACUGAAAGGUAUGGCAUGAACUGCCUUAUACAGUUUGAGGACUUUGCCAACGCUAAUGCCUUCCGUCUUCUGAACAAAUACAGAAAUCAGUACUGUACAUUCAACGAUGACAUUCAAGGCACUGCAUCUGUUGCGGUAGCUGGACUUCUUGCAGCACUUCGUCUAACAAAGAAUAAACUGUCUGACCACACAGUCCUCUUCCAAGGAGCUGGGGAGGCUGCCAUGGGAAUUGCGGACUUGAUAGUUAUGGCAAUGGAGAAAGAAGGGACAACAAGAGAUGAAGCACUCAAGAAGAUCUGGAUGGUGGAUUCCAAAGGGUUAAUCGUGAAGGGCAGAUCUUCGCUGACACAUGAAAAGGAACGCUUUGCCCAAGCACAUGCAGAAAUGAAGAAUUUGGAGGAUGCGGUUAAAGAAAUCAAACCUACUGCUCUCAUAGGUGUGGCAGCUAUAGGCGGAGCGUUCACUGAGCAGAUUAUACAAGAUAUGGCAGCUUUCAAUAAGCGACCCAUAAUAUUUGCGCUCAGCAAUCCAACAAGUAAAGCGGAGUGUACUGCAGAAGAGUGCUACAGGCUGACUGAGGGCCGUGGUAUUUUUGCAAGUGGAAGUCCCUUUGAUCCUGUCACUCUCUCCGAUGGACGAACAUUGUACCCUGGUCAAGGCAACAACUCUUAUGUGUUCCCAGGUGUUGCUCUUGGAGUUGUGGCUUGUGGUGUGAGGCACAUUAGUGACAACAUCUUCCUGACCACUGCUGAGAUCAUAGCUGAGCAGGUUUCUGAUAAACAUUUGGAAGAAGGACGUCUCUACCCACCUCUACAGACCAUACAAGAAGUCUCUGUAAAGAUAGCUGUAAAGAUUGUAGAGAAUGCCUACAAGGAUAAGACAGCAUCUGUCUUCCCGGAGCCCGAGGAUAAGGAGGCGUUUGUCCGUUCCCAGAUGUACAGCACAGACUAUGAGCAGUUUGUGGUGGAUUCCUACUCCUGGCCUAAGGAGGCAAUGACAGUUCAGACCGUCACUGUCUAGACACUAACGACAGGAGUGAGAUUGAUUUUUCUCCAUGAAACAUUAAGAAAUUUUGUUGUGCAAAACUUUUUGUAUUGAAACAAUUAAUUUUACAAAAUCACACUUCAAAUAAAUAUGCUAUUC